CAGUUGUGUCCAACCGAUUGCAACGGCUAACCGCUUAGGAGCGCCUAUUGCUUGGAAAAGUGUACUAGAGACCGUACCCGUAGGUCGACCAGAUCGCCCAAAGCCCCGAGUAGGAGACCACUCUCCAAGCAUCUACCAGGUUCUGCAAAACACAUACACAACACACGCACAAAGAUGCAGCAUUUCAAAACGCUGUCCGUGCUGUUGGUGGUAGUACUGCUGGUCGCUAGCAUCCGGGCGUCACCACAGGCAGACGAUACGGCGAAGGCGAAUCGGAACAGUCUGCUGCUCCGGCGUGGUAACGUUGGACGACCACUUGGCCGUACGACACCGACCACCACCACCACGACUACACCGUCGUCCGCCGACUAUGCUGAGGACGAGUACGCCGACAGCUAUGACGAGGGCAAGGGCGAGGAUGGCGAGGACGGUGCGGAGGAGGGUCCCGCCGGGGGAAAGCAGGCCACCACCACCACCACCACGACGGAGGCACCCAAAAAGAUUCGACCGAGCAUUCGCCCGUUCCGCAGCAACGAUGAUCUGCUGACAGCGCUAAAGAAGCGACGCCAGGAAUCGAAGAACAGCAAACCCGCUGCCGUGGCACCAAAGGAGAAGGUGUACGAUGACGAGGACGUUCCAGCGCCAGCCACCCCUGUCAAAAGCGCGAAAGCUCCCGCAAUCGUUCCGAGCAAACGGCGGUUCGGUAGUGGUGCGGCACGAAAGGACGACCACUCGGCGGACACAUCCAACAACGAUGGCCACGAGGGUAGUGAUGGUGCUAGCGGCAGCAAUAGCAAUGGAGCCAAGUCCCUGAUCGGACGCUUGGGCCGGUCGCGGUUCGCACUGAAGCAGUGAGGUUCCUUUUUCCCCGCUGUAUUAUCCUGGAUGCAAAAUGGGAAGCGGUGGGAUAGAACGGAGAAAGAAGAGGAUGAAGGGUGGAUCGGGGGAGAUUGUAAUGCGAUGGCCACAGUUUCCCCCCCAUUCCUUCCAGGGCCUACCCCCACCCUCUUAGAACCAGCCAGCAUUUGGAGUAAUCGUGGAGAAGAAGAAUCUGAAAUCGUGCGGAGAUAAUACAAGUAGAGAGAUAGCGAGAUUGAAGGGGAGAGAGAAAGAGAAAGAAAGAGAGAGAGAGAAAACAAGAAGAGAAAAGAUACAUAGAGAGAGAGAGAGAGAGAGAGAGAAAACAAGAGAGAAAGAGAAAUAGAAAGAAAGAUCGUUUUGACAGGGCAAUAUGGCGGGAUGGUGACCUACUGCUGUGCGUUCACCGUACAAAAUGGCGGCAGCCCAUCACCAUUCCCCCUCUCCCCAUCCCUCAAUCAUCCCCUACAACCUGCCAGGACGCUCUUCGUUACGUUUAGCUAUUGUUAUAUGUAGUAAAAGACAAACACCCAACCCCAUACACACGUAACAAAACACACCAGAACACUGAGAAAAACACACACACACUCACACCGAUACGCAUACACAUUUAUUUACUCGUUGGAGCAAAUAAAAUGCGCAAACCAAUGCGCGUCGUUUUCCAGUGAAGCGUCUUGUGUAUGCUCGUGUGUAUGUGCUUCGUCCUGUUUCGCCCUUUGAUCCAGUUGCGUCCACUGAAGAAUUCAUUGCCAUUCAUGUCUGUUUUUGUACCGUCUCAUGUACA